UUUUCCUCAAACCCCCUCCUUCGAACACAGGGUCACGGCUGAAGCUGGUACGCUGCAGUCUAACUGCUUCAUAGAGAGAGGGCCGGGGAGAGGACUGCGUCGGUUCCAAAACGUCAUAGAUUCUUUUUUUUUUAAUAAAACAUCACCACCAUAUAGACGCCCCCAUCAUUUCUAUCACACAUACACGCUUUAGUCCGGUGCAUUUCAUCGCUAGCUUUCCCUUUAUUUGCGCAAAACCCGAACCCAGCCAUGUCGAACCCAGCCAUAGCGACCAAGGAGGAGAAGCCAGAAGAACAGAAGGAGAACCAGUCUAGUUGGAAAGAUUUUCUCUACAAUCCGAGAACUGGGGAGUUUAUGGGUCGCACCGCCAGCAGCUGGGCUCUCAUCUUCCUCUUCUACCUGGUGUUCUACGGUUUUCUGGCGGGAAUGUUCACUCUCACCAUGUGGGUCAUGCUGCAGACGCUGGAUGAGUCCACGCCCAAGUACCGUGACAGAGUCUCCAAUCCAGGGUUGGUGAUAAGGCCGAGGUUGAUGGAUAUCGUUUUUAACCGAACUGACCCUCUGAAGUAUGGGAAGUACGUGCAAAACCUGGAGGCCUUCUUAAAGCAGUAUAAUGACACGGAGCAGGAACGGAAUGAGCUGUGUGUGGCGGGGCAGUUCUUUGAGCAGGACGACCAGGCGGAGAAGAAGGUGUGCCAGUUCAAGCGCAGCCUUCUCAGGCAGUGUUCAGGCCUGUCUGACAUCAACUUCGGCUACGCUGAGGGCAAGCCCUGUGUCCUGGUCAAGAUGAACAGAAUCAUUGGACUGAAGCCAGAGGGCGAUCCGUACAUUAACUGCACCGCCAAGAGAGAAACUUCCCUACAGAUGCUGUACUUCCCAAGUGAAGGAAGGUUUGAUAAGAUGUACUUCCCUUACUAUGGGAAAAAAGCACAUGAGAAGUAUGUUCAACCUCUUGUCGCGGUCAAGCUGCUGCUGACGAAGGAUGACUACAACACCGAGAUCAACGUGGAGUGCAAGGUCGAGGGCACCAACCUGCGGAACAAUGACGACCGCGACAAGUUCCUGGGGCGCGUGACGUUCAAGGUGAAGGUGAUCGAGUAGGCCAGGGGGCUGCCGGAGUUGCACAAUUCCAGCUUUGUGUGUGUCUGCACUUCCCGCUCCCUUCUUCCCUAACCUCGCCCAUCUGGGACUGACCCCUACCCUCUCCAACCCCACCCCCCCCCCCUCCUUCCCACUUGGGACUGCCCCCCUCUCUGUAGUGAUGGGUGGUGCUGGGGGGCGGGGGAACUCUUGGUUGCGCAAGUGUGUGCUGCCAUAUCUUAGAAUCCUCACGUGUUGCUGGCCCCCUCCCCCCAAACCGACACCCAAUCCUACCCACAUGUUAAAAGAACAAAAUGAUCCCCAAGUCUGCUAUCUGCUUCUUACACACAUGUAUCCUGCCUCCGCCUGGAACAACCGUUCGAAAGAAGACCGUGAACAUUAUGAUGUCGUGCCAUAUUAGGGACCUGUAAAUAGUUGUACUUGAAGCGCUGAGUUGAUGUGGUCUCCCCCCACCCUGAGUUCUGUGCAGUCUUUGUGAUGUGCUGUUCUCUAUGUACAUAUUUAAUGGGAUUCAAAACACUGUUUUUCUGUGAUAGCUCACAAUGUCAGACCGUUGUAAUAAAUCAUAAGUAAUAAAAUAAUGAUAUAAUGUAAAAAAAAAUUUAAAAAUAAAUAUGUUUCUAAAAGAAAAAAAAUUUAAAAAAUCAAACUGAACCCUGCCAAUGUCGAAAAGAAGUGAUUUUUCUACCUCUGCUGGACUUCUUGGUCUGUGCAGAUGCCUUAAGACCUGUAAAAGCACACGAAAUAAAGGUGAUUUUAAACUUA